AAUCUCUGCAUACAUUAAUUUCCUGGGUAUGCCCUUUCAGUGGAUUUAUUCCUUCCUUCCUUCCUUCCUUCCUUCCUUCCUUCCACGGUUCCACUGAAAGGGGAAGCACUGAAAGUUUGCAGUUAUGGACAAGACUGAUCCGCCCAAGGAACAUAAAGAUAUUCCUGGCAGGAGUUUGAUCGAUAUAGUGUUUUCUUGGAGCCUUAGAGAUGUCCUAAAUAAAGAUCUUUACAAAAGCCAGGUCAAGGUGAUUCCAGACAAAUUUAACUCGACAAAAGCUUACUUGAACUCAUUCAUUCUUCCUCUCAUUGAGGAAACACAUGCAGACUUGUUGUCCAGCGUGACAACAGUGCAAAAUGCACCUUCACUUCAGAUAUUGUCAUUUGAACCUUCUAAAGAUCAUAACUCCCCCAAAAACUUAACCUAUGAUCUGAGGUUCGAGAUGGGAGACUUUGAGAAGAGCAAAGGGUCAUAUGAGCCUUCAGCUGGAGAUCUCCUUGCUUUAACUGGUAUCAGACCAAAAUGCAUUGAAGAUUUGAACAGGUUGAAAAACCCUUAUCUCAUUGCAUAUGUCAUUCAGGUGUAUUCUGACAAUCCUCUGAGACUCUUGAUAUUGUCAUCAAAACCACUCAUGGUUGAAGAAAAUAAGGAAAACAGGAAGGUCAGUCUUUUUGUUGUUUUUCUGACUAACAUGAUUACAAAUAUUCGCAUAUGGAAGACAUUAAACUCAAAUCCAGAAGAGGCGAAUAUGAAUGUGAUCAAGGAAAUUCUUCAACCUAGUCCAGCUGAUGGAGAAAAUUGUACUAGAUGCUUGUAUGAAAGAAGUUGUGGCACCAGUCCAUCAUGUUCAAGGACCAUAGUUGAAUCUUUUGGUUUAAAUGAUUCCCAAGAAGCCACUGUUUUGACUUGUAUUGGUGAUAGUAGUUGUCAUCAUCAGAAUACGGUUAGACUUGUAUGGGGUCCUCCAGGGACCGGGAAAACAAAAACUAUUGGUGUACUAUUGUUUGCUCUUCUUAGAAUGAAAUGCAGGACAGUUACUUGUGCCCCAACCAACACUGCAGUGUUGCAAGUUGCAUCACGGCUCAUGAGUUUUGUUUCUGCAUCUGCUAAAUAUCACACAUAUGGACUUGGAGAUAUUGUCUUAUUUGGUAAUAGGGCAAGGAUGAAGAUUGAUGGUAAUGAUGAGCUUUUGGAUAUAUUUCUUGAUAAUCGUGUUGAUAUACUUUCUAAGUGCUUUUGUCCUUUAUCUGGAUGGAAGGUUAGUUUAAGGUCUAUGAUAGAUUUAAUUGAAGAUCCUGUUGGUUUGUAUUAUCGGUAUUUAGAAAGUCGUAAAAAGAGCGACAAGAAGGAAGAUGAUUAUAACAUUAAAGACAAGGUAAUCAUCAGGGACCAAGAGAAGGAAGAGGAAAAUGUUCAUAACUUUGAGCGCAAGAGCAAUAACAAAACCAAAGUAAAACAGGUGGCUUCCCAUAAGGAAAAAGAUGUACAGGAGGCAGAAACAUGUGAUGAUGAUCCCCUUACUUGUAUUGAGUUUGUCAAGAAAACUUUCAAUUCCAUUAGCCAGCAGCUUAGGUUUUGUAUCGUAAAUUUGUGCACUCACUUACCAACUCGGUGCAUUUCAUUGCAAAUGGCAAAAAACAUGAUGCGAGCCCUUGACAUGCUCACAUCUUUGGAAAUAUUGUCCCAUGGUGGUGAAUUUCUGCAGAAAGACCAGUAUAACUCUGAAUAUGAAAUCAAAGUUGAUGAUCUCAAGAAAUUGAGUUUGUCAAGAGAAGAAUUCCUGCAGUUACUUAAAUCAUUUCCUCAGUCUUUCUUGGAAGACAUUCCAGAUUUUGGUGUAAACAUAAAAGACUUUUGCUUGGCAAAUGCUUGUCUGCUCUUCUGUACUGCAUCAGGCUCUUCUAAAUUGCAUGGACCCGGAGGAUUUGAUUUAUUGGUUAUUGAUGAAGCUGCUCAGCUGAAAGAAUGCGAGUCCACAAUUCCUUUGCAACUUCCAGGCCUUCACCAUGCCAUUCUCAUUGGAGAUGAGCGUCAGCUGUCUGCGAUGGUCCAAAGCAAGAUUGCUGAAAAGGCUGAAUUUGGUAGAAGUUUGUUUGAAAGGCUUGCCCUACUGGGACACAAGAAACACUUACUAAAUACCCAAUAUCGGAUGCAUCCAUCUAUAAGCUUGUUUCCAAAUAAAGAAUUCUAUAAUAAGCAGAUUUUAGAUGCUCCAACAGUCAAAAAUAAAAGCUACAUGAAGCAGUUGCUUCAAGGAAACAUGUAUGGCCCUUACUCUUUUAUCAAUAUAUCAUGUGGAAAGGAGCAAGCUGAUAAGGCACGUAGCCUAAAAAAUAUGGUUGAAGUUGCGGUGGUAUGUGAGAUUGUUGCAAGCCUUUUCAAAGAGUUCACCUGCAAAAGACAGAAGUUUAGUGUAGGUGUCAUCUCACCCUACAAGGCUCAAGUUUAUGCCAUUGAAGAGAAAUUUGAAAAAAAAUAUGAUAGAAGUGCAGAUUCUGACUUCUCCAUUAGUGUCCGCUCUGUUGAUGGAUUUCAAGGGAGUGAGGAGGAUGUGAUUAUCAUCUCCACCGUCAGGUCUAAUGGGAAUGGAUCAGUGGGUUUUCUAUCCAAUCGUCAAAGAGCAAAUGUUGCACUGACCCGUGCAAGGUAUUGCUGCUGGAUAUUGGGGAACGAAGCUACACUGCUGAAAAGUGGCUCUGUUUGGAGGAAAUUAGUGAUUGAUGCCAAGGAGCGAAAAUGUUUCUACAAUGCUGAUGAAGAUAAACGUCUUGCUAAGGCAAUGACCACUGCUUUGAUCGAGCUUGAACAGUUUGAAAUUCUAUUAAACAUGAAUUUUCCAAUGUUCAAGGAUGCAACAUGGAAGGUUUGCUUCAGCGAUGGUUUCUGGAGUUCUGUGGCAGGCAUUAAGAACACUCAGACUAUUAACCAGUUGCUUACUCUGUUGGAAAAGCUUUCAAGUGGCUGGCGCCUGAUGCCAAAUAAGAUGACCCGUUAUGUCCUAGAUAGUUCUUCUGCAUUUUUGGAGCUGUACCCAGUGAAUGAUCUUUUGAAACUACUUUGGACAGUGGACAUCAUUAAGGAAAAUUCACACUACAUACAAGUUUUGAAGCUCUGGGAUAUUUUGCCAUUACAAGAUGUACCAAAACUUGCAGAGUAUCUCGACAGUCUAUUUGUGAACUACACUGUGGAUAAGAUAAACCGCUGCAAGUAUAGAUCCCUGGAGAGGGGUUUGGUUGUUCCAAUGAAAUGGCCGGUUAACCACAGUGGUGUAGUUCGGAGUAUUGGGUAUGAAGCUGAUUCUGCACAGUUGCUUUCAGAAACGUUUGCAGCACUUGGAAUUGUUGAUGGAUCCAUUCCAACCGCUACAACCUCUAAUCAAAGAUUGAAGUACAGCAGAGAGGAGAUACUUGCACUCCAGCAUUCACCUUUGUCUCUAAACUCUCCAGUUGAUACAGGAAAAGUUGAAGCCAGUAGUGAAUUGGAAAAGCUACUGGUUGGAAGACAAUUGAGAUGUUAAUCUGCAUAUAUAGUGAGGAGCUGGAUAGUUCAGAUGUCCUCAAGAACAGAUAUCUUGCAUUUAAAGCAAGAUUCCUUUUAAGUACAUUUUAAGUGUCUCAUUUGUUGUUCUGAACCCUAAAUAGAGGGGAAAAAAAACUGCUACUGAGCCCUAAUUAAAGCAACCUCAGAGUGUGCUGGAUUGAUAUUAUGUUGUUCCUGCUACAUAUUUUUGCAAUCCCAUCUAAUAACUCGUGCAUGGCUGU